AAGACAGGGUGAGUGACAUCAGAGUCCACUGUUCAGCAGGCCUAAUCGCCCAGCAGUUCCUCAGAGCUCCCUUCAACUCUCUCUCACAGACAUGACGCCGGAGCUUGUCCUGCUGCUAGCACUGCUAGCCACUGGCCGGGCUGCAGAGGAGUCUUGUAUUGAGCGGUGUGAGAAUGGCUUUAAUGCAACAAAAAGGUGCCAGUGUGACUCUAUGUGCACAUACUACCAGAGCUGCUGCAGUGAUUAUGAGUCUGUCUGCCGCAUUAGAGCUCGUGGAGACACCUUCCCAGCUUUUCCUGAGGACGAGGAGAACAGCACAGCAGUGACACCUACACUCAGCACUGAGAGCAGGAGUCCAGUGCCUCUACGUCCUUCUCCUACUCAAAAACUCACUCUGUCCGCUACAGUCAUACCAACCCCUGACCCUGAUGCUGAGGUGUGCAGUGGAAGACCAUUUGAUUCUUUCAUGCAGCUCAAAAAUGGCUUAAUCUAUGCCUUCAGGGGAAAGUAUUUCUUUGAGCUGGAUGAAAAGUCAGUGUUGCCAGGUUACCCAAAGCUCAUUGAAGACAUUUGGGGAAUCAAAGGUCCUAUAGAUGCAGCGUUCACACGCAUAAACUGCCAAGGAAAGACAUACAUCUUCAAGGGUGACAAGUACUGGAGGUUCGACAAUGGAGUCCUGGAUGAAGAUUUUCCGAGGGAUAUCUCUGUGGGGUUUGAAAAAAUACCAGAUCACUUGGAUGCUGCCUUUGCCAUCCCUGCUCACAGCCACCAUGGCAAAGAGAAGGUUUACUUUUUUAAAGGUGACCGGUAUUAUCAGUAUGAGUUUAAACACCAGCCGUCCCAUGAGGAAUGCAUUCAGCUGUACAGGAGUUCCCCCUCUGCUCUCUUCAGCCGAUACACAGACCUAUACUAUGACCGCUGGGCAGAGCACUUCAGCCAACUCUUCAGUGGAUUUCCAAGUCAUCAUAGCAGCCAUCAUUUCAUUGAUAAGGACUGGAUUGGUAUCAAAUCCCCAGUGGAUGCUGUGCUGGCUGGAAGGCUAUAUGUAUCUCCUAGACAUUUACAACGCCCCAGUAGGAGGCGCCAGGAUGAUGACCAGCAGUGGGGUCAGCAGUGGAGCCAGCAGUGGGGUCAACAAGGGGGCCAACAAUGGGAUCAACAAUGGGACCAGCAGUGGGGCUCCAGACGCAGGCAGAACCGAUCUCCAUACUGGGACACUGUAGCAGAGAGGGGUAUCAGCAUUGGGCAGGAGUUUGCUCAGAGGUUUGGACAGGAGCGCUGGAGAGACCAAGACAGGCGACGGAAUGGCUAUCGACGGCAGUAUGACUACGAUUAUGACUACAGAUACAGCCCCUCCACAGAUGUGGUCUUUGACAUAUUGCGUAGGAGGCAACCUUUACAGAGUGUCUACUUUUUUAAAGGAGAUCAGUACUACAGGGUAGAUUUGAAGACUAAGCGAGUUGACCGCGUCAUUCCACCAUACCCAAGAUCUAUAGGCAAAUACUGGCUGGGCUGCCAAGACAAACCAGGAGCAGAGAAAAGAUGAGUCCGUGUGUAAAACUCUAGACUAUAGUAGUACUUGUAGUUAGUAGCAGAGAGGAAUAAACGAGAAAAGUUUCAUGAAAGGCAACCAUAAAGCAGCAUAGUAUGCACUACAUAAUAGCUCAUACAGUCUGUUCAAUCUGAAUGACCAGUAGAUUUCCAACUCCCAAUUUAAAAUGAUGUUCUUGACAAAUAUCACAUUUAAACAAUUUUCUCCUUACCUCAGCUGCCAUGUUUGGUGUCCAAAGUUUGCUUUUUUAGUUUUGCGCUGGAUCUACAAGGCCUAUGUGGCCCAUAUAUCUAAGUUAAGGGGAUUUGUACAGUAUUGUAUGAUAAGUUAGAAGUGAUUCAGAUCAUGAAAUUGUUUCAGACUGAUUUGGGUAUCCAAUUUUUAAUAUGAACUUCUUACUUAAAUAACGUCUUUUAAGGUGAAUGUGUGAUCAUUUAGGCAUGCAGUUUGCACAAUGUUAGCCUUACGUUAGCCUUACGUUAGCGCUGUAGCUAAAUUUCAAAAGAAUCACAUAGAGGACACGGAACAUGUCUAGGCUGAUGGGGUAUGUGGAAAACUGUACCACACUGCACAACUACAAACUGUACCAUCCCUUUAACUAAUAUACUUGGCAUUUUUAGAGUCCUUCUUUGAAAGAAAUUCAGUAAAACUGAAAGCAAACCUUUUUACCGGACAGCUUUGGUUGAGAUUGUGUGACUUUAGUCACAAAGCACAGACGCAAAUCAGUCACAUGUCUGAACUCCAACAUCCGAUCCAGGAAAUCAGGCCCUGCCUAUUCUUACUUCUAGUCACAAAUGUCCUAGAUUUGGCUGGUGCAAACAGGACAACUCAUAGGCAUGGGGUGAAGUUCACUCUGUAAUCUAUACUAAUUGAUUGCAACUCCUGUGAAUACUUUUGCCCAUUUGGGACUAUGUUUUGCUAUUAGUAGUCAUGAAUGAUCAUUCCAGAUCCUCAUUUGUUUUUGAAACCAUUCUUUGGCCUCAUAAAGGUUAUAUAUUUAUAUCUUUAAGGUAACUUUUACUGGCAAAUAAUUACUUCCUGCCUCACCUUUCCCUGAGUGGAAAAUGAUUUAGAUUCAGAUAAGGAACAUGAUAUGCUACAGAAUUACCACAUAUUUACCAAAAUGGUGAGCAAGUUACAAGGCAACAUGUAUCAUUUUUGUGACAAAUUGCAAGCAUGCAAAAAUAAAUACUACUUGUCUGUUAGUGUCUAUUAAUGUGUCUUUCUGAUCACAGAACAAUAAAACAUGCAGCAAUA